AUGGCCAAGUAUUGUGCACUGUACUCGGACUUUGUUCUGUGCGACGGCACACACAAUGUCACCAAGUACGUGAUGAAGCUCAUGCCGUUUACGAUUGUGGACGCCCUCGGCCGCAACACUCUUGUUGGGAUCGCACUCGACUACUCGGAGAACUCAACAGUUGUUACCAACGGCCUGAAGACGUUCUCGCUUGGCUCAAGUCAUGGUACGCUAAUGACGGAUGGCGGUAGCGCAUACCCAGGAGCGGCAAGCGCAUGCGGCAUGACCCAUGUAUUGUGCACGAAGCACUUUCAUGCAGAUGUUUUGCAAGGAUGCUCUGGUCUUGCUCAGUUAAGCAAUGACUUCAAACGCGACUGCUUUACGAUGAUAUACACCGGGUAUCGUGAAGAUGACUUCAUCAAACGCUUUGCUGCUGCCGAGGAGACGUACGCACCAUUCCCAGUCGCGGCAAGUGCUUUGAAGAAGAUUUGGAACCACCGGCACAAAACGCUGGCGCUGGACGAGCUAAUUUCGUGCGUCCAAAACAAGUGCUUGUGGUCGCCCUACGUUGACAGGCAGUGGAAGCAAAACUAUGAUGACAUGCACAAGUAUCCACACGUGCAACAGCAAGGUGACGUGUGGGGCGUAUCGGAACACUCCUUCGUCGACAUGGCAAGCGUAGAGCAUUGCGUAACUCUUGGCGCCAGCGACGAGGCACCCUCGUCGUUGGAGCGACUGAAUCUUGCUGGCCAUCACCAAAUUCCUGCGUCAACGUCUGCGGCUACGUCUGUACUAGCACCUGCGGCGGGAUAUGCAACGUUUACCGUGGACAUGUAUCAGGCGGUGGUCAUCCCACCAAAGGUUAAUGUCCGGGUGAUGAAGGUUCGCAAUGCCCUAGCUCGGAUGGAGCAGGCGAUUGUGAAUGACGAUCACUUGGACUCGCGAUAG